AGAACACUUUACAGGAAAUGAUUGUAUGACCUAAGAAGUCGAGGGGGGGAAUAGUUGAAUCUUCCGGUGUUCCAAAUUAGCGCGGAGCAUAUUUCAGUGAAAGUGUGAAGUUACUGCUAUGGAUAAGAUACGAGGCACUCCUCAGGUGGUGGCGAGUGGGUGCUGAUGGGGGACGAAAAGGACACCUGGAAAGUGAAGACACUUGACGAGAUUCUCCAAGAGAAGAAACGUAGAAAAGAGCUGGAGGAGAGGACUGAGCCCAAGUGCCAGAAAAAUGUAAACACUUGUCAGGGAACACACACUUUGAAAUGGGUUGAAGUUGCCCCUGGAAAAUGAAGAAAUCAUAGUUCGCGCCGUGCCCUGUUCCACAGACGGAUGAUCGGGAAGCCAAACGUGACACUCCGGAGGAAGGAGAACUACGGGAUCACAGAAUGGAAAUAACAAUUCAUAAUUCCCCGUACGUACGGGAAGACACUACUGAAGACAGGGGAGAAGAGGAUGAAUCACUUGCUAUCAAACCUCCGCAGCAAAUAGCCAGGAAAGACAAAUCUCACCAUAGAAAAGAAGAGAAGAGAAAGGAUAAAAGACGCCAUCGUAGCCACUCUGCAGAAGGAGCAGGGAAACACGUGCGUCCCAAAGACAAAGAGAAGGAGCGGGAGAGUGAGCGCAGGAAACGCCAGUGGGAGGAGCAGGACAAAGCCCGGCGAGACUGGGAGAGGCAGAAACGAAGAGAGCAGGCCAGAGCUCACUCACGCAGAGAGAGAGCCCCUGACAGGAUUCCCCCGUCUUCCCCGGACUACAGGGACAGGCUGGAGCAGGUAGAGCGCCAGCGAGAGCGUGACAGGAAGCUCCGCGAACAGCAGCAGAAGGAGCAACGUGAGCAGAAAGAGAGGGAGAGGCGGGCUGAGGAGCGCCGUAAGGAGCGUGAGGCACGCAGAGAAGUGCCAUCCCACCGUGGGAUACCUGAUGAGUAUGGCGACAAGCCCAAACAGAGCCACCGCAGCCGUAGUCCCAGCCGGGCUCCCAGGGACCGACCGGAGCACAGUGAGCCUCGCAGGAGUGGCGUUGUGAAGGAGGACAAGCCUGAGAACUUGAAUGACCUGCUGUCAGACCUGCAGGACAUCAGUGACAGCGAGAGGAAGACCAGCACGGCUGAAUCCUCCGUGGGCUCAGGAUCAGGCUCGGAUGGGGAAGAGGAUGAUGAAAACGAGUCCAGCAGCCAGAGUGAGGGAGAGGAGGAAUCUGGGUCUGGUUCUGCAGGAUCUGACCAGACUGCAGGUAUGGAGAACUACGAGGACGUGAGUGAAGAGGAGCAGUCUGAAGAGGAGUUCGAAGAGGAUAGGGAAAACGGCAUCCACAUUCCUCCAGUGCCCGAGUCACGUUUUGACCACGACACAGAGGAAAGCGGGGAGGAAAUGGAGGAGGAUGAAGAGGAUGAAACAGGGGAGGGAGAUGUCACACCCCAGUCUCAAACCCACUCCCGCUCAGUCACCCCUGAGGAGAACUAUAUUCCUGACUCUCCACCCAUCUCUCCUGUGGAACUGAAGAAGGAGCUGCCCAAAUAUCUGCCUGCCCUUCAGGGCUGUCGAAGUGUUGAGGAAUUCCAGUGUCUCAACCGGAUAGAGGAGGGGACCUAUGGGGUGGUGUACAGAGCCAAGGAUAAAAAGACAGAUGAGAUUGUGGCCUUGAAAAGACUGAAGAUGGAAAAGGAGAAGGAGGGAUUCCCUAUCACAUCGCUGAGAGAGAUCAACACCAUCCUGAAAGCACAACAUCCAAACAUCGUCACUGUCAGGGAAAUUGUUGUAGGAAGCAACAUGGAUAAGAUCUACAUAGUGAUGAAUUAUGUGGAACACGACCUGAAGAGCCUGAUGGAGACCAUGAAACAGCCGUUCCUUCCAGGGGAAGUGAAGACUCUGAUGAUUCAGCUGUUGAGAGGUGUCCGCCAUCUCCAUGACAACUGGAUUCUCCACCGUGACCUGAAGACAUCUAACCUGCUGCUCAGCCACAAGGGCAUUCUAAAGAUUGGGGACUUUGGUCUGGCCCGAGAGUAUGGUUCUCCCCUGAAGCCAUACACACCUGUGGUGGUGACCCUGUGGUACCGCUCACCAGAGCUGCUGCUGGGAGCUAAGGAGUACUCCACAGCUGUGGACAUGUGGUCUGUGGGCUGCAUAUUUGGCGAGCUCCUUACCCAGAAACCUCUUUUCCCUGGAAAAUCUGAAAUUGACCAAAUUAACAAGAUAUUUAAGGAUUUGGGGUCUCCCAGUGAGAAGAUCUGGCCAGGCUACAACGAGCUCCCUGCAGUGAAGAAGAUGACUUUCACAGAGUACCCGUACAAUAACCUGCGCAAGCGCUUCGGGGCACUCCUAUCAGACCAAGGCUUUGACCUCAUGAACAAGUUCCUCACUUACUGCCCUAGCAAAAGAAUCUUAUCGGACGAGGGACUGAAGCAUGAAUACUUUCGUGAGACGCCGCUUCCCAUUGAACCGUCCAUGUUCCCCACCUGGCCAGCCAAGAGCGAGCAGCAGAGGGUGAAGAGAGGCACCAGCCCCCGACCCCCGGAGGGAGGCCUGGGCUACAGUCAGCUGGGUGAUGACGACUUGAAAGACACAGGGUUCCACCUUACAUCCAGUAACCAGGGAGCUUCUGCAGUGGGUCCAGGGUUCAGCCUUAAGUUCUGAACAUCUGGACAUUGUGGGUGUUGGAGAAAACAACCAACAACCUUAGAGCAAGUUAUCAUGGGACAUAUAUGCAUUUUCUGCAGGACUCAAUGUGGAAUUGCCAUUUAUUGAAUUGCAAAACCAUGACGUGGGUUAAGACUUUCACACAACUGAACAAUGGGACAGGCCUAAACCUACCGAAAAUGUGUCGAGUUUCUUUAUCCAUUCAUAACUUAUCCAACUGUGAUAGUCUUUUAAAGAUUCACACACGUUUUGAGCUCCUAUGGAAAGACCAAUAUCGUAUUUUUCAAUUGUCCCGUCUGUGACUUUGUCAUUAAAUGUUUAUUUUUUCUUUUUUUAUGCCACGUAAGAGAACCAGAUUUUAAUUGAUGGUAUUUCCUGAGUGCUGGAGCUACUGUAUAAUAGUCUAAUAAGUCUCUUUCAGCUCUCUUAUAUUGUAAGAACAUUUACACUGGUUGACAGUUUGUAGACUGGACAAUUGGCCAUUGUUUUUGCAAAAAAUAAAUAUUGAAACAUUA